ACACAUACACAUAUAUAUAUAUGAAUAUUUACUUUAUCGAUGUGCAAAACAUACUGAAAAGGAUCAAGGAUCUUAUAACGUGAUAUCAAAAAAGAGAAAAUUAAAAACACAAUGUAUGUGCUAUGUCGAGGACGCGACCACUUGUCCUCUCUCGCGCAUGACCGUAGACAGCUUUAGCACAUCAAUAUCAAAGGUGCAGAGCAGAGACGGGUUCUAUUAUAGUGUGUAUGAUUAGAAUCUGUUGAUUUUCAUCAAGAAUGUCCAUGAUGCGGAUGAAAGCAGUAAGAUGUCCUACAGAUGAGCUUAGUCUCUCCAAUUGUGCAAUUAUCAAUCCUGAUGAUUUUCCAGAUGAUGUUAGGCAUAUUGAAGUAACUACAGCACCAAAUUAUCAUUUUGUGUUUUCUGUGAGAACACAUCAUGAGAUUCAGCGUGGUACAAUCGGUUUUAGUUUGCCUCAACGAAAGUGGGCAACAUUGUCUCUCAAUCAAGAUAUUGAGGUUCGACCAUAUCAUUUUGAUCCAACUUCUAACACAGAAUGUUUAUGCAACAUUGUUUUGGAAGCUGACUUCUUGCAGAAAAAAACUGUUACUUUGGAGCCAUAUAAUACAGAUGAAAUGGCCAAGGAAUUUUUGCUACAAUUUUCAGGGCAGGCAUUCACCGUGGGUCAGCAGCUGGCAUUUCAAUUUAAAGAUAAGAAAUUGCUUGGAUUAGUUGUCAAAAGUUUGGAAGCUGCUGAUUUAUCGGCCAUCAGUUCAGGCCAAAGUACAGUGCCCAAAAAAACUAAAAUGGGUCGUUGUUUAGGCGACACCAUAAUACAAUUUGAAAAAGCAGAAAAUUCAAGCCUAAAUCUUGUUGGACAAGCUAAGGGAAAAGCUAUUCGGCAGACUAUUAUUAACCCAGACUGGGAUUUCCAAAAAAUGGGUAUUGGUGGUUUGGAUAAAGAGUUUAGUGCUAUUUUUAGAAGAGCAUUUGCAUCUCGCGUUUUUCCAACGGAGGUUGUCACUCAAUUGGGUUGCAAACAUGUAAAAGGAAUUUUGCUGUAUGGACCACCUGGUACAGGAAAAACGUUAAUGGCUCGGCAAAUAGGAACAAUGUUAAAUGCAAGAGAACCAAAGAUUGUAAAUGGCCCACAAAUUUUGGAUAAAUAUGUUGGAGAAAGUGAAGCUAAUGUCAGAAGAUUGUUUGCUGAUGCAGAAGAGGAAGAAAAGAGGCUUGGUCCAAAUAGUGGACUUCACAUAAUCAUAUUUGAUGAAAUAGAUGCCAUCUGUAAAUCUCGAGGAAGUGUUGCUGGAAAUACAGGAGUUCAUGACACAGUAGUAAAUCAACUACUCGCAAAGAUUGAUGGCGUUGAACAAUUAAAUAAUAUUCUCGUUAUUGGUAUGACCAAUAGAAGGGAUAUGAUUGACGAAGCCUUGUUAAGACCUGGCCGAUUGGAGUUGCAAAUGGAGAUCAGCUUGCCAGACGAACAUGGACGAUAUCAAAUUCUUAGUAUUCACACAUCUCGAAUGAGAGAAUAUAAAAAGAUAGCGCCUGAUGUAGAUCUGAAAGAGUUGGCAGCCCAAACUAAGAAUUUUAGUGGGGCAGAAUUAGAGGGUCUGGUUAGAGCUGCACAAAGCACUGCUAUGAAUCGGUUAAUAAAAGCUGCCAGCAAGGUAGAGGUUGAUCCUGCUGCAAUGGAGAAACUUAUGGUCACUAGAGGUGACUUUUUACAUGCACUGGAGCAUGAUAUUAAACCGGCAUUUGGUACAAGCGCAGAAAUACUGGGUCAAUUGUUAUUACGCGGAAUUAUUAAUUGGGGAAGACCAGUGGCUGAAAUUCUUGCCGAUGGGUCUCUAUGCAUGCAACAAGCUCGAGCGACUGAAGGAUCUGGUCUGGUAUCUGUUCUUUUGGAAGGACCACCAAAUAGCGGAAAGACAGCACUUGCCGCACAGAUUGCGAAGAAUUCAGACUUUCCAUUUGUUAAAGUUUGUACACCUGAUGACAUGGUUGGUUUUGUUGAAUCCGCAAAAUGUCUUUCUAUACGGAAGGUAUUCGAUGAUGCAUAUCGUUCGCAACUCAGCUGUAUUUUAGUUGAUAAUAUAGAACGUCUGCUAGAUUAUGGCUCAAUUGGUCCAAGAUAUUCUAAUCUGACAUUGCAAGCACUUUUGGUGCUAUUAAAAAAACCACCCCCGCCUGGCCGUAAACUAUUAAUUCUAUGCACCUCUAGUCGCAGACAAGUUUUAGAUGAUUUUGAAAUACUCUCGGCAUUUAAUACUGUUCUUCAUGUGCCUAAUUUGUCAACCCCUGAUCAUCUGUUAAAUGUACUGGAAGAAGUUGAUCUCUUUUCAAAACAUGAAAUGGCUUCUUUACAUGCAAAGCUUCAAGGAAAACGCAUAUUCAUUGGUAUUAAAAAACUACUCUGCCUGAUAGAUAUGGCACGUCAAGUAGAACCAAAUUACAGAGUUGCGAAAUUCUUAUCAAAGUUAGAAGAAGAAGGCGGCCUAGAGUAAGAAGCCUUAGUUCAAUUUGGGAUGUGUGAGCUUUAGAAACAUAGAUAAAGUACAAGCGUUCUGAACGUUCAUUUGUUUUAUGUUUAGCGCGCUUGGAUCGAAGCAACUUCGAUUAUAUAAACGUAUACUUAGACUGUAGUAAAUUAUGUAGAAAUAAUUUAGAAUGAAAGAAAUAUAUAUAUAUAUAUAUAUAUAUAUAUAUAUAUAUAUAUAUAUAUUAUAUACAUAUACAUAUAUAUAUAUAAGCAAUGACACACAUCUAGAUUCUGUGUCACAAUAAGUUCCCAUAACAGGUAAAAAAUAGAUAAUAUCAGCUUGCAUUAUGGAGCAUACUUGAAAACGUGAAUAACUUCAUAUUUUUAAAUAUAAAUGCAUAAAUGAUACGUAAACAUUAUUAUUACAGUUCUAGAAAUGAUUAUUACAGCAAUUCAUAUAUGUAAUAUUUUCAAUGUAAUAACUGUUUUAAUGUAAUCUCAAUUUAACUUAAAAUUUUGACUAAUCCUAAAAAAUUCACAAAAGAGUAAGUUUUUUUAUUUUAUAUCUUUUAGGACCGAAAUUAAUUUGUCAAGCUUGGAAGUAAGAAUUUGCCACAAUGUAAACGAAUAUUUGAUUGAUGCCUAAUAAUGUACAAUUAUUGUAUAGUUACUAUAAAAAUAUGUAAAAAAAAAAAAUGAAAAUAUUUCAAAUAACACAUGCAAUAUCUGAUUUUAAUGUAAGAAUCAUUUGUUGCAUUCAAUAUCAGAUGUACUUCUUCUUUGUCACUUAUUAUGUAUCUUCAAUACAUAAUUACAUCAGUAAGAUACUGAUAUUGAGAAAAUGUACAAGUAGUACUUUGACAUAUAUAUAUAAAAGCUACAGAGACGUUUGCAUCAAUGUCAUUUAUUGCCACUAUUCAAGAUUUAAAAAAUGAGUCUUCAGCUUUUAAAAUUAUAAUCUUAAUUAUAUCGCUAGAAAAUAAUAUUUCUAUAUUAAAUAUUAGCACAGAAUUGCGAUAAAAGCAGUUAUAAAAUAAUAAUGAGCUAAACACAUUCUAUACAUAUAACUUAUAUACUGCAUUAUAUAUAUUUAUUCUGACAGAGAUAUUUUUCAGAGAAAACAAUAUCUUGAAUGUACACUGAUUGUGAUUCUAGAACAGUGAUUCCCGCUCGGGGUAUUGUGACAAAUUUGCCACUUUGUUAUAGAAAUAAGAAAUACAUAAUGUUUAUAAGAGUACAUUUAUUCAAACAAUAGUUUAUUAACGUAAUAAUUAUUGGCUAAUUAUUGCUAAAUAUGCUAAAAUAUCUACUAAAUAUAUUAUAUACAUAUAUAAUUAACAUAAAAUGAGAAAUGUUUUGUUUCACAAAUACUACGAGGAAGAGAGAAAAAUAAGACGAAAAUAUUAAACAUUUUGAGAAAAUAAAAUAUUUAUAAAAGCAAAACUCCUUAAAGAAAUUGUUAAUAUUUUCGAUUUUUUUUUUGUAUUAAUAAAAGAGUUAUAUAUAUAUAUUUUUUUAAAUGUUAUUGUAAAUUUUUUUAAAUAUUAUGUUAUGUAAAUUAUAUAUAUUUUUUUAAAUGUUGGGAAAUACUGUUCUAGUUUGCAGUUGAGAAGAAAAAAUUGUUUAUAAGAGUAUGAUAGAUUUGACAGACUUGUCUUCACCAAGAAUAAGGUGAAUAGAAAUAUUAUGGUAUUCCAUUUUUAAUUAUUAAAUAUAGCAAUAACAUAAGUAUAUAUAAAAAAAAUAUAUCUGUUAUAUUCUCGUAUGCUGGACAUUGUUGAGUACAUCUGUACAAGUGUACAUGUAUAUUAUAACAAUAUAUGAUGGUGCACAUGUUGAUUCAAUAUUUGUCAUUAUAUCUCAUAAAAAAAUUGAUUAUAAUAGAAUAUUUUUAAAGAGAGGCGAGAAUUAGUCAAUAUUUGUCAAUAAUCUCUACUAUCCUCGACACGUACCAAUAAGUAUAAAAAAGCAUUCCAUUUAUUGCUAAAAAUAUAUUUAUUUUAUUAUCAGGUAAUAACAAAAAAGUGCAUUGUAUUCAUUUAUGUAAAUUUUAUUUUUAAUACUGGAAUUAUACGAAGGUGAAUAAUUAUAUGAUUUAUUAUUAGAAUAUAUAAGUAUUAUUCUAUAAAUUAUGAAUAAAAUGUAAUAUAUAAGUUUAUUUAUUUUGUUGCGUACAAAAGAAAGAGUUAUUAGCUAAGAGUUAUUAAAAGGUAAUAACUUGAGAAAUCCCUCAAGUUAAUUAUACAUUAUAUAUUAUGUAUUGAGAGAAAAAAUUGAAUCGUAUAUAUUGCAAUUGCAUUGCAUAGGAAAAUGUCGCUUAUGCAAUAUUCCUCCUUUACUGUAAUAUAAUCGACUACUUGUCUGUAUUUAUCAAUGUGAUGUUAUCAGUACAAGAGAGAAAUAAAAUCACCUACAAAUAA